UGAUGAUGCUGUUCAGUCGCUUCAUCUCAUCUCACCACAGUCAGGCAGUUUUCACAUCACACGGCACUGAGGACUCAUCCCUGACGUCUGCUCAGGACCAUGUGUGUUCAGAUGUCAACUGCCAACGUCAACCGAGCCGGAGGAGGAACCAAAACCGCAAAAGUGUCAAAGGAUCAUAAAAAGCCAACGGCGGCCAUCUUGAAAGGAGCGAUCCAGCUGGGCAUCAGUUACGCUGUCGGAAACCUCAGCUCCAAACCAGACAGAGAUGUUCUCAUGCAGGACUUCUCUGUGGUGGAGAGCGUCUUCCUGCCGAGCGAGGGCAGCAACAUGACCCCAGCACAUCACUUCCCAGACUUCCGUCUGAAGACGUACGCCCCUCUGGCCUUCCGCUACUUCCGAGAGCUGUUUGGAAUCAAACCAGACGACUACCUGUACUCCAUCUGUAACGAGCCGCUGAUCGAGCUGUCCAACCCCGGAGCCAGCAGCUCCUGGUUCUACCUCACCAGCGAUGACGAGUUCAUCAUCAAGACGGUGCAGCACAAGGAGGCCGAGUUCCUGCAGAAGCUGCUGCCCGGUUACUACAUGAACCUGAACCAGAAUCCGAGGACGUUGCUGCCCAAGUUCUACGGCCUGUACUGCAUCCAGUGCGGCGGCUCCACCGUGCGCAUGGUGGUGAUGAACAACGUGCUGCCGCGAGCCAUGAAGAUGCACUACAAGUACGACCUGAAGGGGUCCUCGCACAAACGCCGCGCCUCGCGCAAAGAGCGCCUCAAGGACUCGCCCACCUUCAAGGACCUGGACUUCCAGGAGAUGCACGAGGGCCUGCACUUCGACCCCGACACCUACAACGCCCUGAUGAAGACUCUGCAGAGGGACUGUCGGGUGCUGGAGAGCUUUAAGAUCAUGGACUACAGUCUCCUGCUGGGGGUCCAUGUUCUGGACCGGAAGCCGGUGAGCAGAGGGAGUCGCUCUGACAGCAGGAGAGGUCAGAAGGUCCUGUACUCCACGGCCCUGGAGUCCAUCCAGGGGAACGUGAAGGACCCGGAGCCGGUGGCCGACGACGAUGACACAUUGGGAGGAAUUCCUGCCAGACACAAGGAUGAGAACCUGCUCAUCUUUUUAGGAAUCAUUGACAUCCUUCAGUCGUACAGGUUCAUUAAGAAGGUGGAACACUCCUGGAAAGCUCUGGUGCAUGAUGGGGACACGGUGUCCGUUCACAGGCCCAGUUUCUAUGCAGAUCGAUAUCUGAAGUUCAUGGGCUCGACCGUGUUCAAGAAGCUCCACCCUCUGAGAGGAGCGUCCUCCAGGAGGAAGAGGAGUUCCCUGAAUGCAGCGAAGUCGGCGUCUCAGGAGUUUCUGUCCCCACAGAAGGAGGAGAAGAGGCAGGAGAAGAAAGCGCAGAGCAUGGACAACCUGGAUGGAAACUUUUACAGUUCCUCCAAACAACCAGACCUUCUGCAGAGAUCUGUCGUUUCCUUUGAGCCCAGGCGCGACCGUGAUGUGGAUCUAGAAAACAGGUUGUUGAAGACCGACGAGCCUCCAGUUCAACCAUCGCACUGGAUGAUCAGCUGCUGACCCGCAGAUCAAGCCAAUCAGACUCUGAGCUCGACGUCUACUUGUGAGUGACCAGCUUCCUGUUCUUCUGACCUCUGACCUCUGCAGUGGCAUCAGGACGUCAGUAAUUUGACGCAACGACAGAAACAUUUCAGAUCCGCUGUGCCUCAGUGACAGUACAAGUGAGACGUGUGUUAGAAUCACACUGUUUAAUACAAAUAAACUGUGUGUAUAUUUGUGUGUGUGCACAUCAGGAUCAUUUAAUUUAAUGUAAAACACUAUCGAGCUGCUUCUUCUUCUCUUUUUCUACUUUGCUGCUAAUUUAACGAACGUAAAAUGAGUUUCAGUUCCUCCUCUACUCUUUGAAGUUUGAUGUAAAUGUUCAUAUUCAAAUUCCUCAGUGGCUGGAUCUCUGAGGAAAGAAACUUAAUCCUCUCAUUAUAUAAUCUAUUUUGUUUCAUAAUCAUAUAUUUAUAUAGAGAUGUGAGAGCUGAGGCCUUUCAGGUGUUUAAAUAAAAAGAACCAGUUCAUUUCUCAAGAUCUUAAAUCAUCAUUAAGAAUCAUUUUUAUCACAUGUAUAAGGUUGUUGUUUCAUGUUAUUAGGAUGUAAAUUCAUAGAUGCUUCGUAAAUAAAUACAUAAAACAAUCAUAAAUACUGUAAAACAGUCUUCAGACUUUUCAUGAAUUUUGCAGAUGUGCCUUAGAAAGUUUAAAACGUUUGAAGUUUGAUGUGAUUCAAAGGCCUUUAAUUGUAUCAAAGCAAUAUGUUGUGAAAUAAAUUAAUAUUUAAUGUC